UGGCUUGAAGAAAACCGGGAUAAACUUGGCAACAAAGCAUAUCAACUGGAAUACACUUUGGCCAAAUUAAACUUUUUGACGACAAUGCAUCGUCAUUCAAACGAUCCGGCUGCAAUCCUGCACUCCGCGAGACAAUUGGUCCCGUAUGCGGAAACCUAUCCGGAAGGCAAGUGUUUUUAA